GGACGGAGAGAGAGAAGGAGCUGGAGUGCAGGGGGAAGCAGAAGCGGUACAUAUAAUGUAUCUGUAAGCAUCUGAUGUAGGGGUGGCAUUCCUCUGUGGUUCAGGGUCCCCAUCUUCUCCGUGGGCUUGGGGAAGGGUGAGGUCCCAAACGCAGGAGAGGAGAAGCAUCAGGCUCCCUCUACCAGAAGCACCAUGAUGAGCUGGAAGGUGGUGAUCGUGGCUCUCGUCUACUGGAAUGUACACAUGUGUGGAACUCAGCGCCGGACCCGAGCUCUGUACCCCUCUGCAUUGAGAGUGAAGAGAGGCACUGCAUCCAUGCUUAACCCCGUCUUCCAGAAUUCCCUAGAAGAUAUCAACCUACUCUUUGAAAUCCUGAUAGCGGGAGUGAAAAUGGAAGAUGAACGCAGCCCAUUGACCGUACUGGAUGAAGAACUGGCAUCUCUGCGCCGCACCCAGAAGCUGGAGGCCAUCUGCGAGGACGUCGUGCCCCGGAAGCUGACAGACAUCCGACGGCUGACCUCCGACCUGCUCCAGUACCCGACUGUCCUGCGCAAGGAGGACUUUGAGCGCACUGUGUUGACAAUGGUGUAUGCCGCUCACAGGAUGGGCAACACUGAUGGCCACCAGAGGGCGGCCUGGACAGAGUCCUUCAUAAACCUGUACAAGGCCAUCAAGCAGGACCUGAUAACUGCAUGAGGCUGGACUGCGUCCAAACAUCCAAAUC